UGCCAGGGCCACACUAAUCGGUGCAACGCAAAAACUGCUGUCAGUUUUAAGCAAAAAUUGUCUAAUAAUAAACAAUAAACACUCGGGAGGCAAUCACCGUGCCGCAGAUGGAUUACGUUUAUUGCGGCACCGACCCGAUCGGUGCCUCCGAGGACAUAUUAAGUGUUUAUGACGCGGGAUCUGGGCAAGGAAAUGGGCAUUUCUCGCCCAGCUUCAAUGGCUUCAAUAUCGGCACUACGGAUCCGGAGUAUGUGGAGUUUGUGCCUGUCCUUGCCGACGGAGGGGAGCACUUUGGAGUCUCCACCGUGGCGUUUGAUGACUACGAAGAGCUGCUCUGGAUGGGCAACCAGGGAGGCCAUGUCACCUCUUACUACACCAGCUCUAUGCAGAAGUACACCUCCUUCCAGGUGCACCCCAGCGACAUUGUGCGCCAGAUCACCACUCUUGACUCUGGAGUGCUGGUGCUCACACAGACUUCUCUGCGUCAUCAGAUACGCAGGGGUCUACCCAAGUUUACUUACAAAUCCAACAAUAUGACGGAAAUGGUCAGCAUGUUGCAACUGUCCCCUCACCGCUUGGUCAUGGCCGGACUUCAGGAGGAGCUCAUCGACUUUGACAUGCACACGCUUAAGGAAACCCGUCUGGAGCAUGUUGGUGCUGCCGGCUGUAUGGUUCUGCGUAAAAACUCGCGGUUUCUGUUUGCCGGCGACCAGUUGGGAUCAGUGACGUUGCGCGACCUGAACAGUCUGAGUGUCCAGCACACAAUCAAGACUCACACCAAUGUCCUGUCAGACUUCAGUGUUCAGGGUAAUCUUCUCAUCUCCUGCGGAUACGGCGGACGUCAGAAUAGCCUGGCCAUCGACCGCUUCCUUAUGGUCUACGAUCUGCGUAUGCUGCGUUUAAUUUCGCCGAUUCAAGUGAUGAUUGAUCCACAAAUGCUGAAAUUCCUGCCAUCGCUUACAUCGCGACUGACCGUCGUGUCCAGUUACGGACAGGUUCAGCUGGUUGACACCGUUGAACUCAGCGAACCGCGAGUUUCUAUGUACCAAAUCAAUACCAACGGUAGUCAAUGCCUCAGCUUCGACAUCAGCUCCUCCUCACAGGCCAUGGCAUUUGGCGACCAGUCGGGCCACAUCAACAUGAUUGCCGCUAUGCAGACGCCGCAGCCGCAAUUCAAUCCAUUCUCACGAAACACAGAAUUCGCAGACGUGGUGCCACAACUGCCGAUGGUUCCAAUUACGGACACUAACUUCCCGCUAUCGUCAGUUAUGCUCCCCCACUUAACAACGGGUUCGCAAUGGUUCUCCGACUGGCCAGAGGAACUUCUGCGGUAUCGCUACCACAGGCCAAAAACAAUCGAUCCCGAGGUGCUUAACAACAUGAAAAUGCAAGGGCCCAUUGGAUACUCGCCAAACCCUCGUACCGCUCGCCGGAAUCAAAUUCCUUACGUGAUUGAUCAGGGAGGAGUAUGCAGUACUAAUGGAAAUGGAACUGUUGCGGUCAUCAAGGCGGAGAACGGUGUUAAAAUCAUUCCAAGACGAUAUCGCAAAGUCGAGCUAAAGUACACAAAGCUGGGCACGCAGGACUUUGACUUUGAACAGCAUAAUCAGACGUGUUUCGCUGGGUUGGAGGCAACAUUACCCAAUUCCUACUGCAACGCUAUGCUUCAGAUACUGUAUUUCACAGACGCGCUGCGUAUUAAGCUGAUUGAGCAUUCUUGCACUAAGGAGUUUUGCUUAUCCUGCGAACUGGGUUUCCUUUUCAACAUGCUUGACAAGAGUACAGCUUCAUCACCAUGCCAAGCGAGCAAUUUUCUGCGCUCUUUUCGUACUGUUCCAGAGGCCUCAGCAUUGGGCUUGAUACUUACGGACCGCUCAUCAAAUGUUAAUCUAAUAACUCUAAUACAGAACUGGAACCGAUUCAUUCUGCAUCAAAUGCAUUACGAAAUAUUCGAUUCCAGCAAGAACACAUCCACCUCAAGCGGAUCUGUGCAAACAUCAACUAAUGCUGAAAACACAAGCCCGUCUGAAACAAGUGGCUCCUCGGAUAUAUAUGAUUCCAUUAGUGAUGAUAACUCCAAGGAGGACAAUCGAGAACGCAGUAAAAUCAACGCAGAAACUGAAAUCAGUAAAAUAUUUGGGACCAAGCAACUUUGUGUUAACCGCUGCAUCAAAUGUCAAGUGGAGAAAUCAAAGGAAAAUAUUUUACUUGCCUGCAAUAUGUCGUACCCCACCCACAUUAAGGAUAGUGAGCAGUAUUUCCAUUUUGGAACCAUUUUAAAGCGUUCUCUAAGCUCCGAGAAGAGCAUACAGGCCUUCUGUGAAAACUGCAAGAAGUUUUCGCCAACUAAUCAGAGCGUGAAGGUCACUUCUCUUCCGCAAAUGCUCUCCAUUAACUGUGGACUAAACAACGAAAAAGACAUUACCUUCCUGAAACGACAACUCAAUCGUUGCAACGAAAAGCCUACUGCCGAUGCAACUGCAUCCCUAAGCACAAGUAAACCUUGCCGAUAUGGAGCCAACUGUUCACGAAGCGACUGUCAUUUUAUGCAUCCGGAUCGAAAAUCACCCUCUCACACAAAUCAAACAAAUAAUACCAAUAGUUCUCCUACUGGACGUCAGAAAUCUUGGUUUCCUCUUACCUUUACCAUGGGCAUCAACGAGCAAGGCGAGCUGCAGGUGCAAACUCAAUUAGAUACAAACGUUGGUAAAUCGGAACAGGAGGAGGAGGGUGAAAAACCACUAGCAAAGACUCCAGACAACAGUCGUAUGUACGCCUUACAUGCUGUGGUCUGCCAAGUCGACGAUGGCACCCAAAAGAACUUGGUGUCCUUGAUAAAUGUGCAGCGGCAAUAUCAUACUAUGAAACUAGCGGAAUCCCCAGAGGACCCACAAAAUCAAUGGUAUAUCUUCAAUGAUUUCAGCAUUUCUCCGGUAUCGCCACAAGAAUCAGUAUGGUUUACAUUGGAUUGGAAAGUGCCCUGUGUAUUGUUUUACAGGAACAUAGAAGAUGAUUCGGAAUCAGCAAGUACUACGAGCUCCACCGUAACAGAAAGCGACGAAACAGUUCCAUCAGAGAGCAGCAGCGACUCUCCAACAAACCUAACAAACCCCUUUUUAGAGGACAUGGUGAGUCCUAUUCCUGGCCACGUGAGUACGGAUGCGACACUGAAGCCUCUGCAAAUGGAUGAAAUGCCUCAGUCGGGUGACCUGGUAGCAAUGGAUGCUGAAUUCGUUACCCUAAACCCUGAGGAAAAUGAGAUCCGACCCGAUGGCAAGACAGCUACAAUUAAGCCAUGUCAUAUGAGCGUCGCCCGUAUAUCAUGUAUUCGAGGACAAGGCUCGGGUGAAGGAAUACCAUUUAUGGAUGAUUACAUCUCUACUCAAGAGAAGGUAGUGGAUUAUCUAACGCAAUUCUCGGGGAUCAAACCUGGCGACUUGGAUGCAAACUUCAGCAAAAAAAGGUUGACUGCCCUUAAGUACUCAUAUCAGAAAUUGAAAUACCUCGUCGAUGUAGGCGUAAUAUUUGUUGGGCAUGGUCUAAAGAAUGAUUUCAGGGUAAUAAACAUCUAUGUGCCGUCAGAGCAAAUAAUCGACACAGUACACCUUUUUCAUCUGCCACACCAUCGAAUGGUGUCCUUGAGAUUUCUGGCUUGGCAUUUCCUAGGUACUAAGAUUCAAUCCGAGACACACGACUCUAUCGAGGAUGCACGGACAACGCUUCAGCUCUAUAAGCACUAUUUAAAACUCCAGGCAGAGAAAAAGUUUACCAACGCCCUUAAAAACCUUUACGAGCGGGGAAAGCUGCUUCAAUGGAAGGUUCCAGAGGAGUGAAUCGUUGCCGAAUCGGUUGCCAAUUCGACGAAAUCCAUAAUCAAAGUAAUCGUCAGUACAAACGCUACACUGAUCUAAAUAUCCCGGCUUUUCCCCAACUUUAUUAUGUUUCAAAGCUAUUAUUUUUGCUAUGGAGCUCCUGGUAUUUAAUUUUGUAUUUGUCUAUCUAUUAUAAAAAAUAGAAAACAUAAAAGUUGUAUAUUUUA